UAAUAUCUUUAUGAUGAGAAUGUUCGUUUUGGCCGUUCCGCUGGGAACAUGAACCCAUGGUCCAAAGGUUCAUAUGGUAGAUAGGAAAUACCAAAACCUUAUGAUCCUGUGACUCGCACAGGUUUGCUAAUCUUAGAAUUUUAUACUGGAUCGUGUCUGUUGGUGUCAGAUUUAACCUUAUUACAAACAAUUGUAAUUUCAUUCAUGUCAAGCAAAUGGAUCUUUCAGGUUUGAUUUGCAGUUAUGUAACCAAAUGAUGUCGGUAAUGGUACACAUACUUUAGGAUUCAUGCAGUUUUCCCAUUUUUCUUGUCAUUCAUAACUUCCCAAUAUUAUUUUCAGAUGGUUUAAUUGAUAUUGUGGCAUAAUUUUUGGACACGAAAAUUUUGAAUAUGAUACAAAAACAUGUUUUAAUAAUUUUGAAAAUGAUACAAAAAUAUGUUAGGAAAUGAUAAAUUUCACAUGUCAGAGUUAAAACAUGUUCUAAAAAUAUGAAAUUUUGAUAUGAACUAAAAUUCAUGUAGUUUAGAGAUAUAUCGAAGGACGCAGUGUGGGCUUGUUGUGCUUUCCAUUUGUGAGUAUAGUGAUCCCUUCAUUUUGUUACAAUAAAGACAAGCAAACGAAAUACCGAACUCUCCACUGCAAUUUUUUUUUUUUGGAGCUUUGAAGCAAUGGCAAAUCCUAGGCUCCGUGGGUGGAGAAAGUGGGCGAAGAAGGAUUGGGCGAUCGCAGCCGUGGGAUUCACCAUCAUUCUCUUCGCUCUCACUCUCCUCUUCGAUUCUCGAAACCCCACCUCCUCCUCCUCCUCUACCUUCAAUCUCCCCUCCAACCAUCUCAUUCCUUUGACUUUGCUCCACAGAGCCAAAGCGACAGGCGCUUUUUGUUUAGAUGGAAGUUUACCUGGAUACCAUUUUCAGAAGGGCUUUGGUUCUGGCUCUAACCAUUGGCUUCUCCACAUUGAGGGUGGAGGUUGGUGUAAUUCAAUAGAAACCUGCGAGAUUCGAAAAAGAACAGCUUUGGGUUCCUCUAAGUACAUGGAUCCCCUAAUUCCAUUCGAUGGGAUUUUAAGCCAUCAAUCUUCGCAAAAUCCUGAUUUUUACAAUUGGAACAUUGUUAAGAUGCGUUACUGUGAUGGUGCAUCUUUAGCUGGCCACCCUGAAAGUGAGUUCAAGAAUGGAACUAAGCUUUUCUUCAGAGGCCAACUCAUUUGGGAAGCCAUUAUGAGUGAACUCUUAUCACUUGGCUUGUCUAAGGCCAAACAGGCACUUCUUACAGGAUGCUCUGCUGGAGGUUUGGCAACUCUUAUACAUUGUGAUGACUUUCGAGCUCAUCUGCCAAAGGAUGCCACUGUCAAGUGUCUUGCUGAUGCAGGUUUUUUCCUUGAUGAGCCAGAUAUUCUUGGAAAUCGCACCAUGAGUAAUUUCUACCAUGAUGUUGUCCAACUACAGGGUGUAGCAAAAAGUUUGCACAAGAAAUGUAUCACAGAAAUGGAGCCGUCCAAGUGCAUCUUUCCUCAACAAAUUAUCAAAAAUAUUAGGACCCCAUUGUUCAUUGUCAACCCCGCCUACGAUUUUUGGCAGAUACAACACGUCUUAGUCCCUGCCGGAUCGGAUCCUGAUGGCUACUGGAGAAGAUGCAGAUUGAGCAUUCAGAAAUGUGAUUCUACCCAGAUUGAAAAUCUACAAGGUUUCCGUAGUUCCCUGCUUAAAGCAGUAAGUAAGCUCCAACAUGACAAGGAAGGAGGGAUGUUCAUAAAUUCUUGCUUUGUUCAUUGCCAAACAUGGAUGGCUGAGACAUGGCAUUCAUCCAAUUCUCCAAGAAUCAACAAUAAGACCAUUGCAGAGUCUGUAGGUGAUUGGUACUUCAACCGUAAAGUAACGAAGGAGAUUGAUUGCCCUUAUCCUUGCAAUCCCACUUGCUAUCACAUGGACUUCACUCAACCUUCAUGAAGCAUGGCUCGAAAACUGAUUUUUGUCUCCAACUUUAAAACUCCUGCUGGGUAUUACUCCAAUUUGCAUUGAAAGAAGGGUAUUGGAUAAUGAAACAGUGUGUAGAAUGAGAUGAGUGUUGAUAGUUGCUGCUAUAGAAAUGGAUUUUAUGUGAGACCAGAUGAAGCAAACUAAUUUCAUAUCAAGAGAUAUUUUGAUAGCCACCAAGUUCCAUGUGCUCUUUAACCUUUUCUAAAAUCGGUAUGAUGUAAAACAUUGAAUAUCUUCAUACUGUUACUUUUGUACCCAUCCUUUUAGACCUUUGCACAUGUUCCAAUAUAAAUGUUAAUCUUCAUUCAA